CUCCGCAGACGGCACACAUCUGCCCUGACCUUCCGACGCGCCGCCGCGACGCACAGAGAGACGCACGCACUUGCAAAGUCAACAUGGACGUCCACACAAUGCACGGACAAAUGGAUUAUAAUUUGGACAACAUGGAGGCCAAGCACGGGAAGAUCCUGGACGAACGCCUGGACAGCGGCUUGGAUUCCAUGAAGGAGGACGAUAUGGUCAAGGACUUUGAGGAGAUUACCUUGAGCUCCGAAAAGGAGCGCACGGAGGAGUACGAGUCGUGGAGGGAAGCCGUGACCGAGGACGGAGAUACGCUCCUCCACUUGGCCAUCAUUCACGAAGCAACAGAUCAUGCCCUUCAGAUGAUCAGCCUUUCCAGAAAUCACUCCUUCCUCAACAAACAGAACCACCAAAGACAGACUUCCCUGCACCUGGCAGUGAUCACCGAGCAGCCCCAGUUGGUGGACAAGCUCCUGAAGGCUGGCGCCGACCCGCUGCUGGCCGACAACAGCGGCAACACCGCUCUCCACAUCGCCUGCAAAAGGGGCUCCCUGGCCUGCUUUGGCGUCAUCACCCAGAACUGCCAGCGCCACCUCACCUCCGUCCUGUCCAUCCCCAAUUACAGUGGACACAACUGCCUGCACUUGGCGUCAAUCAACGGUUACAUUUCCUUGGUGGAGAGCCUUGUUCGGCUGGGAGCAAACGUCAACGCACAGGAACCCUGCAGCGGGCGGACCGCGCUCCACCUGGCCGUUGACCUGCAGAACCCCACGCUUGUCCGCUGCCUCCUGGACCUGGGCGCCGAGGUCAACUGCCAGAACUACGGCGGCUUCACGCCGUACCACCUGACGUACGGGCGGCAGAACGACGAGAUCCGCUGCCAGCUGUACGAGCGCACGGCGCUGGAGCUGAGGGAGCUGCCUGACAGCGAGUCGGAUGACAGCGACAUGGAGGAGCUGGAUCUGCUGGAGGACGAGGUCUACGACGACAUAAAGUUCGGGAAGUAGAUGAGGCACCCCUCUGCUGGUGGUGCGAACGUCAAAGCUGCUAACGGGGUUUGCCUGAAAGCGGCACCCAGCGGGGGUCACAGAAGCUGGUCAAGCUCCCAGCCCCCCCCCCCCCCUCCAGGGCCGGCGGUUCAGGCCCGCGGGUGCUGGCCCCCCCAGAGACUGCAAACGGGAAUGAAGAUGGUGUCCAGUCGGAGAUUGCUGAAAAACCACGAUGGCGAGACCUCCAAUCGGCUCCGCGACUGUUUUUUUUUUAAAAGCAUAAAUCUAUUAUUGUGUAAAUACGAGACAUGUAACAUAUUGUAAAUACAGAGAUCCUAUUUUUGUACCGAGUGUGAAUUUAAACACUAUUAUCGUGAAAAAGCCACAAAAAAAAAAAAGAAAAUAAAAGAA